GCGCAACGGAAAGAGGAAGUGGACACUGUACACUGUACACUGUACGUAACGUACAGCUACACCGACUAGCGAGAGCGACGACGUGUGUCGACGUGCAGGCGACGAAUGUCGAGAUUUCUCAGUCUUCGGAGGAGAUGCGCGUCCCAGGGGACCGCAGGGCAAUGAGUAACGACGAGUUGGCUGAAACGUGGGUCAUGUUUAGCGCAAAAUGAGAAGAACAUUCAACACCGCGGGGGAAGCCCGGACAACGGACUCCCUCGAGGUCACGAGACGUCUGCACAAAAGUGUGACAGAGAUCAUCAAGAAAUUGGAUGAGCAAAAGAAUCGUGCCAUAACAGUGAGCGACAUAUUUGUUCCAUCUGGGGAAAUUCAGCGCAUGAAACUUAAGGAGUAUUGCGAGAGACUGAUAUUGAAGGACCCUGUUGGAAAUGUACAUAAAAUAGAGGAACUUUUGUGGAGGAAGGCUUUCUACGAUGUUGUGUACACAGCCAAAAGAAUACGGAAGGGUAACACCUGGAAUGAGAAGGAAAAGAUGCUGCUCUCGGCCCAUUUAAUGGUGGGUGUGGGAUGUUAUCACCACCUGAUAAUGAGAUUACAAAUGGAAUAUGAGCUGGAUCUUGUUGGUAUUGUCGACUUUGCUUUCAUUCAUAAUGAAAGUAUUUCAUCAUAUGCGAGAACUAAAAUAGGGCAAUCUAAAACUCAUACCAAGGAAGUCAAACAAUGUGUUAUUCGCUUGAUUCAUCGAAGCCUGGUAUGUCUUGGAGACUUGAGUAGGUACAAAUUAGAAAUAAAUUCAAACUGGGAUCCAAUGAUAGCGAAUAGAUAUUAUAAGAUGGCUAUAGCUCUCGAUCCAAAUAUUGGUAUGCCCCAUAAUCAGCUUGGUACUAUAGCAGGCAGUAAAAAUUAUGGAUUGGAUUCAGUCUAUCAUUAUAUGAGAAGUGUUUUGUGUCCUGAGCCAUUUGAAGGGGCAGAAGGAAAUCUAAGGAAAAUUAUAAUAACUCAGUCUACUGGUCCAGAUGAAAACAAUCCUGUCCAUCAUUGUGUAUCACGAUUAUUUUCAUUAUUACGUUUGUGGGACUACGAAAAUCCAAAUUCUGACAAAAUAAAUCAAGAAUGCCAAGCGCUCCUAACCGAUAUGGAGAAUUGUUUAACAAUGGAUCAAAUCGAACAAAAUAAUACAAAUUGCCUAGAAGAUACGGAUAACAUAGAAACAUAUCUUCAAAAUUGCAAAAGCAGACCAAUCCUUUAUUUGACAGAUGAUAUGGUGUUUAAAAUUGUGACAAUAUGCUUAAUGUCAAUUUCUAGAUUAAAGAACAAGGAAUCCAAUGAAGUACAGGGCGUUGUUGCUAUAACUUUAGCAAUAUUAUCGCAAUUGUUAGAAUUUAUGAUAACAAAGCUACAAGAAAUGAUCAUAGAAACGGCAGUUUCUGAUCCCGAAACAACUGUAAAGAAAAAUAUUACUAAAUUAAAUGAUCUCCAGGAAGAUCAAAUAUCGUCUGAAUCAGGAAACAAUGGAGAAUACGUGGGCAAAAAGGACUCUGCUUUAAACCAAGACAAUAAUAUACUUGAUUUAGAUGAGAUUAACAAAGCCGAGUCAUCGGACAACGGAAUUACAAAUGAAUCAGGUCCCAAAAAGACUCGCGACAAAUCCAAAAGUCUUCUCAGUAAGCUUCGCAGACGGAAAAGAAGAGCCAGCUCUGACUCGGACGCGAGCGACGUAGAUCAGUUAAUUUUGGCAUCGUCUAGUGACGAGAUCAAUUCUGAUGUGUCCGAGACGGAGGGAAACGAUGUAUUGUCAGACGACAAUACAGAUGACGAGGAAUCGUCUCUUGGAAAUAAGGUUGUUCAAACUACUAAAAACGAAACACAAAUAGUGAAGGAAGAAAUGAACGGCCACGGCGACAAUGAUAUCGCCAACAAAACAGAGAGUUGCGAAAAGAACGGCGCCAAUCAUUUGAUUAACGGCCAACAGCAGCACGUGACCGAUCAGCAAACAGACUUGACGGCGACAAGUGAUAAGGAUUCAGUAAUAAAUUCCAACAGUGUCGUAACUCUCACGAACACAGACUCAACUAGUACCUUUGAGGAGGGCAACGAUCGCUUGUGUAACGCAGACAAUAUCUUCUGCAUGGCACAGUUAAAGAAACAAAGCUUAAAGUCGGAUGACAUUCUGAGUAUAUUAGUUAAUAAGGAGAUUCUCGUGUCUAUUAAAGUAUGCUGCGAUUGGCUUCGAAGUAAUCCUGAUAUCGUGAGGAUAUGCGCUAAGAGUUCGCGGACAAUGUUGAAGCGCGUUACGACUUUGCUGAAUCUAAUCAACGUGGAUGUCGAAACUCUCGUGCCUGGGAACGAGGAUUCCACGAUUCUGUCUAGCGUGGAGAGAGUGAAGGAAUGCGUAAAAACAUUACCUCUACCGGAAGAUGUUGAUCUCCGAGGCCUGAGUUUACUGGAGCACGCUCAUCGGGCCCUCGAUUGGCAGAUGUUUCGUAAGCAUAGAAUGAACAAGCGGGAGGAAACGCUUUUGAGAAUACUGAAGCUAAUCGAGUUCGGACACCAUCUCUGUACCGUUGAGGAUUCGAGAGUGCAGUACGAUCAAACCGAGCGAUUGUUUGUGGUGACCGACGCGAGUGCGUCGAACGCUCCAAAGGUAAUAGGUCUUAACGAGAAGAAUUUUGGAUCGGAGCAUUCGAAAGGGAAACUUAUGAGACACAUGGGCAGAUUGUGGCUGAACGCUGAAGUUGAAGCUCUGGAAAACCAAUUACGAUCUCGAUUGAUAUCGCCUUAUCUCGUUCCUGAUCACGAGGCUUUGUCCAAACAUAUGCCGAUCCUUAAACGCCUGGUGCACGCAAACAAGUUUAUAGUGGUGAUUCCUUCAGUUGUCGUCUCUGCUUUGGACGAGGUGAAACGCGUAAGCGCUCAGGCGAGAGAGGCAACGCGAUGGCUGGAGAUACAGUUAAAACGUGGUACGAGAUUUUUACGGGCGCAGAGACCUCACGAGCGUUUGGCGUUGCCGUUAAUAAAAGGACCAAGACCAAAGGAUAAGGAAGCAUGGCUGUUUUUUCAGAUAAUAGAGUGUUGUCACUACCUUAAUCAGCAAUCAAAGGUCGGUUUUACUGGUGAUGGGGAGGUACCGGUGGUAACCCUUCUAACUGGUUGCAAGCCAGAUGACAGAAGAGCUUUGACUUUCAGCCCUGAUGGAUUAGCAAGAAGUGCAGGUGUUAAUCUCGAGCAUAUAGAAUUAUUUCAUAUGAAGUGGAAAUCGUCGAUCAAGAGCUAUGGUUGAGCGAAGUAUAUCACUCCUGCGUGAUUAUCUGUCGCCAAAUCUCAUUCGGAGAUACUAUUCAUCGCUCGGGUGCUACAUAACUGAAUUCUCAGCCCAUUAAAAAACAAGUAUGACAAGGGGGUUGGACACCCGCGCAUAUUAAGCUCGGAAAAGCGACGAUGUAUUCUCGACUGUUAAAUCAGUGCCGACAGAGAAUGUCAUUUUCCACUGCAGAAGAAUCCUAAGUAAUAAAACGACGUUUUUUUUUUUUUUUUCAUCUUUUUAAUCAUUCGUAUGGCCAUUUUAUGUUUGAAAAGAUUGUAUUUUUAAGUAAAUAUUUUUAAAUAAUCGGA